AUGUACACUCAAGCAUGGAGAUUUUGUCCAUGCUAUCAGUUCAGUUACCCUCAGUCACCAAUAAAAAUAUCUGCACGUAUACCCUUUACAUCCUAUAAAGGGAGUUUCCAAGUUCGUCCACUUGCCCAACAGAUUACCUUACCAACGGAUGCUGCGUUGAUAGCUGGGACAGUGCUGGGGCCCGAGAUGGAGGAGGAGCAGCAGCAGCAGCAGCAGCCGCAGCCUGACCCGAGGAGGCCUCGUCCACCCCCGCCCGCUCCCCCGCGGCCGAGGCCACCAGUGCCACCCCCGCAGCCUCCGCAGCCACCACCAGCUCCACCUGCUGGACCCAAGAUGGUGGUUAUCGGUAGUCGGGUUUAUCAGCUAGUCCAUCUAGGAACCUAUGUAAACAAACCAUAUAUCACAUAA